AUGCGCAGGUGGAUCUGUUGUGGGCGUAAAACAAGAGAUUCAAGUUUAUCAAAUGAUGAUGAACAUUUGAAAGAUCCAUGGCAACAAUCUGAUGCAAAUCAAAAGAAUCCAAAACCACAAGCUGUUGCAAAGCCUGAGGCGCAGAAGGAAGCUCUUCCCAUUGAAGUUCCUCCCUUGUCAGUGGAUGAGGUUAAAGAAAAGACUGACAAUUUUGGAUCAAAGUCACUGAUUGGUGAGGGAUCUUAUGGAAGGGUAUACUAUGCAACUCUAAAUGAUGGGAAAGCAGUUGCUUUGAAGAAACUCGAUGUUGCGGCUGAAGCUGAAACAAACGCUGAGUUCUUGAGUCAGGUUUCCAUGGUUUCAAGACUGAAGCAUGAGAAUCUCAUUCAGCUGGUCGGUUAUUGUGUCGAUGAGAACCUCCGUGUUCUUGCUUAUGAGUUUGCGACAAUGGGAUCACUGCACGACAUUCUACAUGGUAGGAAGGGAGUUCAAGGUGCACAGCCAGGUCCAACACUAGAGUGGAUAACGAGGGUGAAGAUAGCCGUUGAGGCAGCUAGGGGUUUAGAGUACCUUCAUGAGAAGGUUCAGCCUCCUGUAAUACAUAGAGACAUAAGAUCUAGCAAUGUGCUUCUUUUUGAAGACUAUCAAGCAAAAAUUGCUGAUUUCAAUCUCUCAAACCAAGCUCCUGAUAACGCUGCCCGUCUUCACUCCACAAGAGUCUUAGGAACCUUUGGCUAUCACGCUCCAGAAUAUGCUAUGACUGGACAGUUGACGCAGAAGAGUGAUGUGUAUAGCUUUGGUGUUGUGCUUCUAGAGCUUUUGACAGGGAGGAAGCCUGUGGAUCAUACAAUGCCGCGUGGCCAACAAAGUCUUGUAACCUGGGCUACACCGAGACUCAGUGAAGAUAAAGUGAAGCAGUGUGUUGAUCCAAAGCUGAAAGGAGAGUAUCCUCCUAAAUCAGUAGCUAAGCUAGCAGCGGUGGCAGCAUUGUGUGUGCAAUACGAAUCUGAGUUUAGACCGAAUAUGAGUAUAGUUGUGAAAGCUUUGCAGCCACUUCUUAAACCUCCAGCGCCAGUCCCAGCACCUGAAUCUUGA